AUGAAGGUUUCGUUCCUCUCUCUCGUCGCCGCUUUCGCGAGCGCGGCGAACGCUCAGGUCCAGGGCAAGCCCUUCGGCUUCGCUGCCGGCACCACUGGUGGUGGCUCUGCCACUCCUCAGUACCCGUCGUCUCUUGCUGAGCUCAAGACAUGGCUCACAGACAGCACGCCGCGUGUCAUCAUGAUCAACCGCACCUGGGACUUCCGCAACACCGAGGGCACGACAUCCACCCAGUGCUGCAGUGACAACCGGACCACGAAGUGUCCCGGCGGCACGUCUGCAGGCCAGGCCUGGAUUCAGGAUACCUGUGAUGCUGCCAGUGGUACCUGGGUUUCCUGCACCUACGACAACGCGGCCCGGACCCCGAUCGAUGUUGGCAGCAACAAAAGUAUUGUCGGUGUUGGCACUUCUGGUGUCAUUAUCGGCAAAGGUCUGCGUGUUCGCGGUGGAAACAGCAACGUUAUUGUUCAGAAUGUUCACAUCACGAACUUGAACCCCCAAUACGUCUGGGGAGGUGAUGCCAUCACCCUCGACGGCUCCGACAGAAUCUGGAUCGAUCACUGCAAGAUUUCCCUCAUCGGUCGUCAGUUCAUUGUUUCAGGGUGGGGUGCUGCCGGCAAGGUCACUAUCUCCAACAACGAGUUUGACGGCAAAACUACCUGGUCUGCUGGCUGCAACGGCAAGCACUACUGGGCUCUUCUUCUCAUUGGAGCGAAAGAUUACUAUACCUUCGCUGGCAACUAUUUGCACGAUUUGUCCGGCAGAGCGCCCCACAUGGGCACAACCAACGGUGUGACUGAGAACUACUUCCACGGAGUCGUAAUUCAAGGUCACUCCUUUGAUAUCGAUGGAAAUACCUUUGUCUUGCUGGAGGGUAAUUAUUUCGACUCCGUCACCACGCCCAUCACUCCCGCCAGCUCCACGAACGGAGGCCAGAUCUACGUCGUCAACACCGUCGACGAGGCUUCCCGCUGCACUUCCUACCUUGGUUACAUCUGUGAAUGGAACCGGGCAAGCGGUUCUGGCACCGUUACUUCCCUUACUAGCACCACAGCUCUCACAAAGCUGAGCGCCUUCAAGUCCUCCCUCAUCGGCCACAUCGGUGUUGCCGAUGUUCCCGCCAAGGUCAAGGCCAACGCCGGUGUUGGAAAGACGACUAGCACUAACUCUUAA